GUUGAUAUUUGACAUACUCUUCCUUAACUAAUUAUAAUAUUUGCAACAGGUCGUCAAGGUGGUCUCAAAUGGAAAGGUGGUGGCAAAGGGAAAGGUAUAAAUAUUUAAAUGUUUUAAAUGUAUUAAUUAAGAAGCUAGUAUGCAUCCAUUGUUAUAGUACAUAAUUAAUUUGUAAGACGGACAAGGCGGUGGCAAAGGGGAAGGUAUAAAUAUUUAGAUUUUUAUUAAAUUUACUAAUUAGAAAGCUACUAUGCAUCCAUUGUUAUAGUACAGGAGUCGUGAGUAAAAUCAUUUCAACGCACACAGUCAUCCUUUGAACGAUGUUAUUUAAUGUCAUGAUAUAGACAUAUAGACCCAUUGCACUGACGUCACAAAUCCUUAGAGUGUCGUGAGAUGCUCCCUAACAAUACCUGUUCGGGUACAAUCACAGGCGGCCCAAUCUCGCAAGGGUCAGUAUAGACUUAUAGUAUAAAUGUAUAUUAUAUUAAUGUAUAUUAUAGUAAAAAUAUGUCGUAAAAUAUAAAUUUUAAAAUGAAAUUGACUUGCCUAUUUGAUAGUGUGUGUUCUCCUUUUAUUCCUCCUUUGUUAGACUAAUAUUUUCCGAGACUUUGUACUCGAUGUUACUAGUAUACAUGAAACAUGAUAAAGGCUAACGAUUCCCGAUCGUCGAUACGACGGCACGACACUUCGAAUCGAAAAUUUUCACACUCAAAUCGCUUUAUUCUCCAAACAAAUUCGCCAGCAUGUACAACAAAUGCCGUUCUUCGAAAAUACAGAGGUACUUCGGCGAGAUGUACAAGUUUUGGACCAUAUUUUAACAAUGGAAAUCAAAACCCAUUUUAUAUUGAACUUACCCGGACCGAAAAUUACUACGGCGAACGCCUGCGCAACCAGGCCUCCUUUACCGUUGGAUUUACAGGGGGGAAGCAGAUAUUUCCGGUAACAGCCAGCCAAUCGCGGCCGCGAUAGCGACUGUUUACAUUAUUUGAAAUUUGAUAUUCAAAAUAAAAACUCCUUCGAUCGGAUACUGUAUAAAACUCGAAAUGUUGUCGAAGAAAAGAAAACUAAACGACGGAGAUUGAAGAAAUUUAAGGAAGAAGUAAUAUACAGCGGCUCUUUGUUGGAAAGCAUGGUAGAAUAUGAUACUUUAAUUCGAAAUAUUAUCGUGAAUAUAUUAGUGGCAUCCUCCCCCCCCCCUGUAAAUCCAACGGUAAAGGAGGCCUGGUUGCGCAGGCUUUCGCCGUAGUAAUUUUCGGUCCGGGUAAGUUCAAUAUAAAAUGGGUUUUGAUUUCCAUUGUUAAAAUAUGGUCCAAAACUUGUACAUCUCGCCGAAAUACCUCUGUAUUUUUGAAGAACGGCAUUUGUUGUACAUGCUGGCGAUUUUUUUUUGAGAAUAAAGCGAUUUGAGUGUGAGAAUUUUCGAUUCGAAGUGCCGUGCCGUCGUAUCGACGAUCGGGAAUCGUUAGCCUUUAUCAUGUUUCAUGUAUACUAGUAACAUCGAGUACAAAGUCUCGGAAAAUAUUAGUCCAACAAAGGAGGAAUAAAAGGAGAACACACACUAGCAAAUAGGCAAGUCAAUUUCAUUUUAAAAUUUAUAUUUUACGACAUAUUUUUACUAUAAUAUACAUUAAUAUAAUAUACAUUUAUACUAUAACUGUAUAAGUCUAUACUGACCCUUGCGAGAUUGGGCCACCUGUGGUACAAUAACCACAUACAGCGCAACAAUUAACAUUUUUAAUACAAAAUUAUUAUAAAGUUUUACAAAAUUUGCUUUGUUUACAGAAGUUAUAUUAUGCAUAGAUUGCUAAUUUGUCCUCCAGAUGCAUCGUCACCGGCGCUGUGACGUUAUGUGCAAUGGGUCUAUAGCACAUAUGAGAAACAUAUAAAAAGGCUUUAAGGGCACAGUUCAGCCUUUUGAAUGAUGGUUUUAAGGCGCAUUUCAGCCCUUCUAAUUGAAAAAACUAACUAGAAAAAUCAAUUAAACAUAAUUCAAGAUCGGUAAACUCAAUGCUUUUAACCGAACAAAAAUGUUUUAAAAUGUUAAACACAUUAAGUUUACUACUCUUGAAUUAUGCUUAAUUGAUUUUCCUUGUUAGUUUUUUCAAUUUAGAAGAGCUAAAAUGCGCCUUAAAAACCAUCACUCAAAAGGCUGAACUGUGCCUUAGGUGACUCAAUACAGUUUUUAAAAUAUGGAAAAUUUACUAUUAAAAUCCGUAUUUUAAUUUGGGCAAUUGAAAAGCGAAAAGUAUCAAAGGAGCGUGUGAAUUGAACUAGUUGCAUAUUGUUAGCACUGAUGAAGAUCCGGGCUUACGGAUCGAAAGCUUUGCAGAAAUAAAUUUACAUGGUGUUUCCACAACAAAAAGUAUUGUAAAAAGUAUCUUACUGUUAUAAAAGAAAUUUUCCACAAAAGUUACACAACUGCCGUUGCUAUGGCAACAAUAACGUUUCAAUGUGGCUGAUAUUUUGUCGUUCACGAGCCACAGUGAAAAGACAACAAUGACCUUCAAUAUAAGGGUCAAAUAGAUUAAAAAAGACGUCAAAUUUGUAAUGUUUAAAGCCAUCAGUGGUUUAAGCUAAUGUUAAUAUAAUCUAUUUGCAUGCAUUACAUAAUUAAUUUGUAAGACGUGCUGUCGACAUCUUUUUUGACCACAGAAACGUAUAUUUCACCAACCUUGUACCCAAGCGCAGAAGCCCUGGGUACGAGGUUGAUAUUUGACAUACUCUUCCUUAACUAAUAUUCUAAUAUUUACAACAGGUGGUUAUGAUCAUCAUCAUGAUUGUCAUGAUCAUCAUCAUCAUGAUCGUUAUUAUGAUUGUCAUCAUGAUCAUCAUGAUCAUCAUCAUGGUCAUCAUCAUGGUCAUCAUCAUCAUCAUCAUCAUCAUCAUCAUCAUCAUCAUCAUCAUCAUGAUCGUCAUCAACGUCAUGCGUCAUGUUCUGACACUGUACAGUACGUCAAAUGUUGUCCUGAAACGGAUUACCAUCCUUCUGUGUGUGACUGUGAAGACAGGGAUGUAUGUUAUAUACAGAUGACAAUCACCAGAAAUGCUGACGUCGAAAAGAGAGGGGAUGAGGGCAGUAAGUACAGCGUCAAUGACGGAAGAAUUGGCCCUACUAUUAUCAUAAACCAUGACCAAAUAUUAGUAGUUGAUGUUAUCAAUAAUCUGCCCAACGACAAUACUUCAAUACAUUGGCAUGGCAUGCACCAGAACAAUGUGGGGUGGAUAGAUGGUGUUGGAAUGAUCACACAGUGGCCUAUACCUCCUAAUGGCGGAAAAUUCAGGUAUGCUUCAUUUAUAUUAUUGGUAUUUUAUGCUUUGAUAUUGUACAUAUACCGGGUGUCCCCCAAAAAACUUGCGUUGUUUGAUUUAAUGUAACGUAAAAACUAUAAAAGCUAUUGCACUCAAAUAUGUUUUAUUGUAUUCAGAAAGGGCUAACUUAGAUUUUGAUAUAUAACAUUUGAAUAUCCGUGCCAUAGUUACUGAGCUAUCGAUGUUUUAAAUUGAAAAACAUAUCUGACAAUUUUAAUAUUUGUUUAACCUUGAUAUGUAGUUUUAUUGUGGCCAAAAGAACGAAUGAAAAACAUAUAAUUGUUGGAAAACCAAUUUAUUCAUUCGUUUUAGAAAGUACGUCUAUACAAUGUCUUGCACGGGAAAUCAUAAAACCCAAACUUUUUGAUGUUUUGAGGCAUAUUCGAAAAGCGAACCAAGACCAACUUUAUAAUACGAACUCCCAUUAAAGGGCGUCAAAUAUGAUUUCGAACGUUUUUAAAUGUUUCAUGCUUAUUUUGCUUCCUAAGAACCACGAAAGGCUAACUUAUACUAGGACAUUACCCGAAAUUAAAGUUGAGUUGAAAUGCUAGAAUUGAAAUUGUUAAUUUUCGUGGAAAAUGGCAAUUGUUUUCAUAUAAAUUUGAUAGUAGUAGUAAAUUCUUAAACACGUCCGAAUUUAUCAUUAUGACUGAUAAAUUCGCGGCACAUUUUGAAUUUAUCAUAAUAAUAAAUUCGCGGCACCUAACACUAACCCCAACCACUAACCAUUAACUCCUAACCCUAACUUUUUUAACUUUUUAAACUUUUUUGAAAAUCGAACUUUUUAAACUUUUUUUGCCUUUUAAAACUCUUUUAAAAACUAUUUUUUUGAAAACCUUGAAAACUCAUGUUGAUGUAUUAUAUGUUAGAUAUAUUCUCCGAGCUCAUCCCUCAGGAACCAAUUGGUAUCAUUCUCACACGGGAGAACAGAGAGAUAAUGGCAUUUUUGGUGCUUUGAUCGUAAAAGAGAAACGAGAAGUGGUCUGUACGUUGUCCUCGAGAAUGAAAAUUAAUUCUAUCCACGACAAUCAAUAUCAUAUGAUGGCUGUCACAGAACACAUGAAAAUGCAACGUCCCACCGAUGAACAGUGUACAAGUGAUGCGUCCAAACCUGCUACUGACCUUCAAAUCCAAUCAUUUCAAAUAAACGGGAAACAACUAAAUCAAACAAUAGACGAAAAGGGCGAAACUAAUCAGGUAACUAAUUUUACAGAGUUUUUUAACAAUACAGGGUGUAUCAAAAAAAACUGAACAGAUUUAAAAUUGCUCUCAAUUUCGCAAAACAGCUAUUUGUAUCCGGUUUUUUAUAUAUAUAGCCUCUUUGGGUACUUAUAAUGUAGAAUAAUGAGAAAAAUUUCUCGAACUCAAAUUUUGUGAACCAGGGGGGUGUGUCUUUUCCAACAAACUAAAAAUGGCUCGCGCACAAAAUUUAAAAGCUGCAAUCAUAUUUUGAGUUAACAGAUAAAAAAUUUGUCGGGAUUUUAAUUACUGUACAAAAUUUCAGACAAUUUGGUUUAGUUUAAGCCCCUUAACUAUUCACGCAAAGUUACAAUUUUCCCGAAAAAUCAGCUAUUUGCAUGCUUAAUUAAUGCAUUUGCCUAAUUUGCAUAUGUCAGCAAUAUGCAAAUUAGGUAAAGGCAUUAAUUAAGCAUGCGAAAGGCUGACUUUUUAGAACAAAAUGAAUAGUUAAAGGGCUUAAACUAAACCAAAUUGUCUGAAAUUUUGUACAGUAAUUAAAAACCCGAUAAAUUUUCAAUCUAUUAACUCAAAAUAUGAUUACAGCUUUUAUAUUUUGUGCGCGAGCCAUUUUUAGUUUGUUGGGAAGGACACACCCCCCUGGUUUACAAAAUUUGAGUUCGAGAAAUUUUUUUCAUUAUUUUACAUUAUAAGUACCCAAAGAAGCUAUAUAUAUAUAAAAACAGAUACAAAUAGGUGUUUUGCGAAAUUGAGAGCAAUUUCAAAUCUGUUCAGUUUUUUUUUAUACACCCUGUAGUAUAUGCAAACCAAAAAAUAUAUAUUUAAGAGCGAGGUGCAAAUCAGUGAAAUCACUUCUAAAAAGUGUAGAGGCCAUAAAGCCGUACGAUUAUUUUUGUGAUUUUUUCUUCUUUUUUGUGGAGAUAUUUAUUUUUGUAAUUUGUUUUGUAAUUUUCAGUUUUGUGAUUUUUCUGGAGGUGUAUGUGAUUGAAAUCAGUGAUUUAUGCUUCGCUUAAGAGGCCUAUAUGCAUGAACAAAGAACACAUAAAAUGGGUCGUUUUAAACUCAUUGUAUAGUUAAAAUACUCGCACGGUCCGUGCUUCAUUAGGUAUAAAACACUUGACUAGCGCCUCGCGUUUUAUGUCUGAUAAAGCAUUAAUGUUCGUCUUUUAAAUAGUACGUAAAAAUGCCAAUUAAUUUAAUUACACGCCACAUUUACUGGAAUAUAAGCAGGGCCGUUUCUAGCGCGAUAAUUCGGGGGGGGGGGGUGUAUAUUCGUGUUCUGCCCGACGGGUUUCUUUUGAAAGCGAUUAUUUUUACGGUAUGUGAACAUGAAUAUAUGAAUAUACACCCUCCCCAAUUAUUGCGUCUAGGAACGGCCCUGAAUAUAAACAAAACUUACUGAAUUUAAGCCAUCAAAAAUUAAAAAUUUUGAAUGUAUACUCGUAGCCUAUAUUCUCGUUAUAACCUCAACUCGUCACAUAGGCGCCGGUAUACGGAGGGAAAAUUUAGGGGGGGGGGGCAAAAAUUUCCGUGUAAAAUUUCCAAAAUUCUUGUCGACGGGGGAGGGGUUAACAUUUUUCAAAACCAAUUAUAUAUUUCCUUAUUUUUCGACUAUUGUCUUAUUUCUCCCAUGUUUUUGCUUGUUUGUAAUUUACCCAACUUCAUUCCCCUCAAACUCAGGCAUACAUCCGUCAAAAAAGUAAUUGGCCGUUUUUAUACUAGAGACGCAUUAUGCGUCUGGACGCUUAAUGCGUCUUCUACAUUAUUCGUCUAGUAUAAAGACGGGACGAAUAAUACUAGACGAAUAAUGUAGAAGACGGAUUAUGCGUCCAGACGCAUAAUACGUCUCUAGUAUAAAAACGGCCAUUGGCAGCCCUGUGCGUGUGAACUUACAUUGCAAAGCUCAAUCAUUGUUGAUGAAUCUCACAAUAGAAAUUACAAUUUUCAGGAACCAUCCUUCGCUGUAUCUCCUGGAGAGAAUUAUCGUUUUCGAGUCCUUGGAGCCAUGGAAGAAACUGUUAUUCGUGUUUCUAUCGACGAUCAUACAUUGGUUGUGGUUGCUACGGACGGAUAUCUUACAGAACCAUUUGAAGCCGACAUUUUGCAUGUCCAUGCGGGCGAGCGUUACGACUUUAUUCUGAAGGCACGUCACAAAAUUUCUUUGAAAACUGUUUUUCCAAUUAGAAUCGAAUCUGUCGACGUGUAUUGCAAACGCCACAACAUACCUGCACGCGUUGGCUUUGCAUAUCUGAAAUACUCCAAUUCAGGAACAAACAUUAGGGGAAAGGUACCGAAGAGUUCAAAGCAGUGUAUUAAAGAUUGUAAAGCAUUGAAUUGUCCUUUCGCUGCUUAUCCGGUAGAUCAUAAAGAUCUUACAAACGCUCCAUCUUAUAAUUGCAUCGACGUGUACGAUGCUCUUAGUCUUCUCGUUCCAACUCCAGAUUACGAGCUUUCCAAGGAAGAAACGCCAGCGAGCACGAAGUUUUUCAACCAUGCUUUCAAUGACACAAGUCAUAAUGAGUUUACAGCAAGGAUUAAUAACAUUCAUUUUACGUUUCCCAAAACUCCUUUCCCCGUGCGUGGACUGGAAAAUCGUGUAAAAGAUGAAUGUCCUUAUAACACGACUGAGGAAUGUAAAAGAUGCCCACACACAGUCUCUGUGGAUCAAAAAGACCAGUUGAAACCAAUAGAAUUCGUGCUCUCCUCACUUCCGCGAGAAGAGAAAUUUGAGACUGACGUAGUCACAAAGCUCGGAACACAUCCCAUACAUCUGCACGGUCGAUCAUUUUGGGUGAAAGAAAUUGCCUAUCCAAAAUAUUUUGAUAAUGGAAAAAUUCGGGAAGAUAACGAUGAUGUGGAAGUGCCACGUUGUGGUUUUGGGAAGUGGAAGAACGGAAGACCAUCUUCAAUCAAACCAGUGAACAAAACAUCGAUCCGGAAAGACACAAUUAUCGUCCCAGCUGGUGGGUAUGUUGUCAUUGAGUUCGUGGCACAUAAUCCAGGAUCGUGGUUAAUGCACUGUCAUAUUGACCAUCAUCUGGAAGUGGGGAUGGGAAUUGUCAUAAAAGAAUUGCCGAAAUGUGCAAAUCCUCCUCCAUCGCAAUUUAUGAAACUAACUAAGAAAGUUUGCAUCAGCGUUGACGAGUUUCUUGAAAGAGAGAGCAAUUUUACGCUAUGCCCUGACAUUAAAAUAGCAGUUGGCCAAAAAACCCCGAGAGAAUUGCAAAAAGACGAAUUUGAAGAUUUCAACAGCUUUAACGACGACGCUAAUGAUGAAUCUGCAUACCGCAAACUGAAGAAAUCUCUGGAUUACGAAGAAGAACAACAGCACCCAAGAUCCAAUUUACGUGGAUUUCAAAACGGCAAGGCUUUGAACGGAGAAAGCAGAGAAUGGUUUAAGAAAAAAUGAACAAAAGCUCUCGCAAUUUGAAAGUUGAGUUCUUUUAAAUGAAAUUGCUUAUAGAUAGUGCUUGCAAUAACAGUAUCAGCUGUGAACUGCUAAGAUUUAGAUGCCCAAAGGACUCAACUGAAAACUCAUUAAAUUGUUACAAUAUUUUGACUAUUUUAGCCUAGAACUUUUAUCUUAAAUUUACUGCACGUUUAUAUACCAGUAACGUAGAUUCCUGCACUUUUUGUAGUAAG